AUGGUCAAUAUGACGGUAAAUAAUACUAUUGCACAUCAGCGUUUAAUCUUAAGUGGAGAUCGAGAAAGGUUCAAAGAACUUCUAAGAAGACGUCUAAUAGAAUGUGGAUGGAGAGAUCAAGUUAGAGUACUUUGCCGGGAUGCUGUCAAGGAAAAUGAAAGUAGUAAUGUUACAUUUGAUGGACUGGUAUCAAAAGUAACUCCACGUGCACGAGCUUUAGUUCCAGAUACUGUUAAAAAAGAAUUACUUCAAAAAAUAAAAACACAUCUGCUUACUCAAAAAGAACCAUAG